AUGCUCGCCCUCCGUGCUUUCCGCCCCGCCGUCGCUGCCACCCGCAUGGCCCCGCGCAUGGCCCCCGUCGCCCGCCCCCUCGGCCUCCGCUUCCACUCUGUCCGCUACACUGAGGACCACGAGUGGGUCUCGUACGACACCGACUCCAAGGUCGCGACCGUCGGCAUCACCGACUACGCCCAGAAGGCCCUCGGCGACGUUGUCUUCGUCGAGCUCCCCACUGAGGGCACCGAGAUCGAGACUGGCGAGGCCAUCGGCGCCGUCGAGUCGGUCAAGGCCGCGUCGGACAUCUACGCCCCGCUGUCGGGCAAGAUUGUCGAGAUCAACGAGGCGCUCGGCGACCAGCCGUCGCUCCUGAACAAGUCGCCCGAGAAGGACGGCUGGCUCGCCAAGAUCCAGACCGACGAGAACUCGCAGUUCCUCUCGCUCAUGGACGAGUCGCAGUACAAGUCGCACUGCGAGGGCCAGUAA